AUGACCGCCCGCGCGACGUUCAAGGACAAGCAGCCGCUCAAGACGCUCGCGCGUGCGUCGCAGUCGUGCGCCAAGCAGUCGCUCGUGUACGGCGCCUGUAUCGGCAAGUCGUACCAGGAGGUCCACAAGGACAUGUGCGCCGCCGAGUUCCAGGCGUUCAAGGAUUGUGUCCAGAAGGCUGUUGGGCGCAAGUGGUAG